UCGCGCCGCCGAGCAGCGCCUCAUUUGCAUGCCGCCUUCCCGUUGGCGGCUGGGGGUGGCGCAGGGGCUGCUGGGAGGAGGGGGCGGGCGGCUGCCAGCUGGUUUGUAAACAAGCGCUGGAGUCUGGGGGGCCGCGCUGCGCCCCCGCCCGGCCCCUCACCCUCAGCGAGAGAGACCAGGCGCACAGUUGCUGCUCCGCCCCACAGGCCGAACCGGGUCUCUCGGUGGCCGGGCCAGUCCCGGGCGGUGCCGGUGGCCGCCAUGGUCCGGCUCUCCAAGCCCAAGACGUUCCAGGCCUACCUGGACAACUGUCACCGCAGAUACAGCUGUGUGCACUGCCGGGCACAUCUGGCCAACCACGAUGACCUCAUCUCCAAGUCUUUCCAAGGGAGUCAGGGGCGAGCUUAUCUCUUCAACUCAGUGGUGAAUGUGGGGUGUGGGCCGGCUGAGGAGCGGGUGCUGCUGACAGGGCUACACGCAGUAUCCGACAUCCACUGUGAGAGCUGCAAGACCACGCUGGGCUGGAAAUACGAACAAGCCUUCGAGAGCAGCCAGAAGUACAAGGAGGGGAAAUACAUCAUCGAGCUGAGCCACAUGAUCAAGGACAACGGCUGGGACUGACCCUGCCCCACGGACCCCACUGCAGCGGGGCUUGCACCAUCGUUCCCAUGGAAACCAGCAACAAGGCGGGGCCUUGCAGCAUGAGUUCUAUGGCCUAACUGAGGAGGGGGCUCCCUGGCACCGUUUCCAUGGAGAUCCAUCCCAAACCUGGUCCCCCUGCAGCAGGGGUGGGGCUCACCUCAAGGUUGCUAUGGAGACCACCCUGCCCAGGACCACUCCACUGCCAGGAAGGGGCGGGACCUUGCUGCACCGUUUCCAUAGAGAUGAGCACCGCCUCCUAACUUUGCAUGGGGACAUUACUGAACAUUAAUUAAUGUGUGUGUGUGUGUUGGGGAGGACAGGUAAUGCCCACCAUGGGGGGGAGGGCGGUGCUGCACUGUG